UACAUCAAAUGACGUAAUAUAUUUUAUUAACAGAUAGAUACAUUAUAUGCACUUAAUUCUAGGACGGAAUUAUCAUAACAAUAUGUACAUAUUAGUGUGCGCUGUAGUACAGGAUUUUGUAGAAAGCUAAUAAAAAUCUGUUGAGAGAAUAAAGAUAAUGUAGCAAUUAAUUUGCCUCUAAAAAGUUGAAGAAAACUGUAGGUUAUAGAAGAAAAUAUGAUGAAUACAUAAAUCGGACGAUUGCUUUCUUGCGCUGUGUUAAAUGUCGUUCACAUUAGGCUAUUUUGACAUGUACUUGCCUAAUCUGAACGCCCCCUUAGGCAGGUUCGCCGCAGCGCCAUCUAGCGGCGACACGUGGAACUUUAAUUAAAUGUCGUUCACAUUAAGCUAUCGCGACUGGUAGUUGCCUAAUCUGAACGCCCCCUUUAGGCGAGGCCGCCGCAGCGCCAUCUAGCGUCGGUGCGCGGAACUACAAUAGAAACUCUGCUGAUGGUAUAUUACCGUUGAAGUGUAAUCAAUUAAUUACCGACAGAAUCCGGUCGGUACCUUACACGUGUGGAUCAUAGUUCUGUAGUUUGUUGUGAGAUGGCGCUGUUUUUUUUUUUUUUUUUAAAGGAUUGUUUCCUUUUUUCUCGAUGUAUUUAUGUGUUUCACCCUAUGGUGAUCAUCAGAGUCAUCGGACAAGAUGACUUAAAAUUUAUCUUUUCAUGCACGCCGGCUCGAAACACCCAAACAAGUAAUUGCGUUUCUUCGAAAAUAAAAUAUUUUUAAGCGACGUUGACGCUCGGAAAUUGUUCUCCUAGCACGAUAAAGCGAGAAAAAUGGCAUUUUCUAUUUGAAAAAUUUUGACUAAGCGAAUCUUUUAAGGGAAUAAUAGAUUACUACUGAACACGAUCUAAACCUUAGGCAAAAGCAUUCGUCGAAACAAGCCGCGCAUGCCAAACAAUUACACUUGACAACGGUUGGUUCAAGAAACGUUAGCGGUCAGUGUGCUGUCAAUACCGACAGCUGAUCGGGUUGUCAGGUUAUCGAGUUCUUUCCUUCCAGCGAAUGUAUCAAAAGAGGAGAUCGAUUUUCUAUUAUAAAAUAUAAGUAGCAUAGUGUUAGUACUAAAAUGUUUUAUAAGACGCUCUUACGAUUAUAUAUAAGUACAUCGUGUAUCGACAGAAAUAUGUAGAAACUACUAACUGCACGCAAACUACGUUACAAAGAGAGAGAAAAUGAACUAUUGUAACAGUUAAUUUAAUCACAAGUGUAACGGAUUAUGCGUAUAUACACGUUAAAAGGAUCCUGUCCUUCCGCGCACACUAGCUUUAACAGAAACAUUUCUUUUCUAUAGGUGGUACGCGGAAAAGAGCUUUUUUUAGAACGUUCUAUGCGAACGACCGUCAAAGUGAAAAGACCAGCUUAAAUAAAGUACGAGGUAAAUUAAGGGAAAAUGACCGACGCGACGAGAUUAUGCGAGCCCCGUCUAAUCCGGAAGAAGACGAGGAAGUCUUCCUAUCAAAAGCGAUUUUUCAAGUACAUUCGAUUCGUGUUCGUCUUCUACGGUAUUUUAAAAAUAUUUCAAAUUUCUAUUCUCAGAACGCAGUACUACUUUACAAAAGGCCACGAACAUCUGGGAGAAGCGAGAAAUGUCUUCGAAGAGCAAUCACCGUUCGCGUAUCCUCCUUGCUCUCUCAUGUUCUCGUAUUUCCAAUAUUGGAAAGCAAAGAAACGUUCGACGAAUUUGGACCAGAGGAGUGGCGUUUACCAGAACAAGCGAAUAGAAGAACUUUUGCGUAGUCUUCGCGUCGACGUGGACAUCGAGACUCUGGAGGCGAAAAAACAUAAAGAGCUACACGAGGCGAUAGCGAUAACGGACGUGGAUCCACGAUUUUUCAAAGAGCUAUCUGGACGAGUGGUGAAAGAAAAGUUCUCGGUGACCGAAUACGUGAACGAUAUUCGUAACAUUUUCAAGGCUCGAUUGUUAGCCGGAGAGGAACUGGACGAUUGCAUUCGUAUCGAUCAGCAAUUUGUCGAGGAGCAGAAAAGUUUAAACAAAAUCAAGAGACGUUAUCGUCGAUACGUCAGCGGUUUCGAAGGCUUUCUGUCGAGGGAUCACGAGGAAAGCAUGAAGAUCCUCGAGGAAGCCGAGAACGAAAGCAAGCUCACGAAAGAGAUCACUUUGAAAAGGAAUCAGCUCUCGAAGGAAUUCGGUCAAGUCAGACUGGACGUGUACUACUGGGAAGAGAAUUGGAGAAUGGUGAAGAUGUGCCAAAGAUUCUUGUAUAAAGUGUCUCCGAACGCCUGGCGCAUGGAACACGAUUGGAUCUAUCGUAGAGAAUCCGUAGAGAGUAUCGAUACAGUCGACACGGCUGAUAUAUUCGGUCGUUAUCGAAUGGUGGAACAAGUUCCUUCCAUCGACGCUUUAAUAGAUUUGUUCGAGGAGGACAUCAGAUACGAGGGUCCGGCCGAGUUGUACUUCGAGGACCCGUACGAAUUGGUCAGAGUGUUCAGAACGAUAGAGAUGCAAAACUUGAACGCGUUGAUUCAUCUGGAAUCCCUGGCAGAACCGUUGACCGAAAUGGUGUUGACGAUCGACUCGGCAGAAGAGCAAAUCCGGUUAGAAGUACAGGAAUUGAUUAACGCCAUCGAUGAGCUGAAAGAUUCCAUCGAAAAACUGGAGACGAGGGCGAUAGAUUUGGAACAAUACGCGAACAGGUUGUUGAGGAGCGUGUUUCGCGAGGCUGUUUGUUCCGAGGAGGUGCUUCGUCUUCGAGUGUUCAUCGAGGAUGCUUACGAGGCUUGCAUCGGUCCAAACGAUGCCAAUUUCGACACUUUUACGAUGAUGAAGUGGAUCGAGAAAACGCACGAGGAGCUGAAUCUGGAGCUGGACGCGUUGCCUCCGGAAAUGGUUCGAACUUACGAGAAGGAAGGCUUCAAGCAAGAGCUCAGGGCAAUGAAGGAGACGGAGAACGCCGCUAGAAAGUUCGAGCUUAUGCAUCGACUGUUAGACUCGUUGAAACGGGCGAUGGAGCCUCCGAUAAUAAAAAAGCGGCCUUUGAUGUGGCGUUCGGUACCGCUCGGUCAAAGGGUCAAAGAAAUUCCAGCACCGCUGGAGCCUACCGAGGAAGAGAAACAGUAUCUUGCCUUUUUCACCGAGUACUGCAAGGACGAGGACUUCGAAGCCUAUCGUUCUUUAUUUCCCGACGAUUUCGACCUUAGUUUCGAACCUCGACGACGCGAAACUAUCCCGGAAGAGGAGGAGAGCGAACGGACAACCGAUCUCGACAACUGAUCAUAACGCGGUCAAACGUUUCGCUAAUAAUUUUUCAUUCGAUGCUGUUCCAUACCAAUUUUGCGUUCUCAAAAAACAAUAAACGUUUCUCGUUUUCGCGAAUGACACUCGGCAAAGAAGAAAAACCGUUCCACGUAUAAUUUUUCACGCGUAUAAUCUAUUUGUCGUACAAUAUCACUCCUGAAAUUACUUUCCUUCUCUUAAACCCUCUCUCUCUCUCUCUUUCUCUUUUCCCUCGCUUCGUGCACUCUUUCUUCCCGUCGCGGCAACGGAAUCCUCUUGUUCUCGAUAGACUGUAGCCAGUGUCCUUUGGGAAAGCAGAAUGCAAAAAAGGAACCUAUGGGCAUUCUUCGUUGCAAGCUUUUCGCGAAAGUAAUCUGGAGUUAUGGAGGCUGUUGGUUUUUCACUUUUUUUCUCCUCUUCUUUUGCUUGUCGCGAAAAGAAUUUCGCGACGAAGCUGCUCCCCUCUCGAAUCGAGUUUACCAGGAAUUGCACGAACGAAGCUGAAGCUCUUUUAAUUCCGUUUCGCCCUUCUUGAAAGUCUGCGUGGCUCGCGAUAAUUCAGCCGACCGAAUAAACUGUUUGCGCCGGUUAACGGAUGUGUGCUCGAGAACGACAAUCUAUU